AAGACUAUGGUUUAACUUCAUUCUUCUUCGAGAUCUUUUCGAUGUUCUUCGCCGAUUCCAUCCUUCUUCGGAAUCCUCGUAUCUUCUUCCAAUUCCCUCUACAUCGAGCUAUUGAGUGAUCGUUGUAAAUCUUUCCUUUUUGAUUCUUCGACGGUUCGUUGUAAUGGCAGGAAACCCUAAAUGAUCGUGUUUAUUGCUUGUUGAUUCUCUUCAGUGUGACAUGAGCUUUGGAUUCUGCAUUAAAUUGUGCUAAUUUAGUUGAAUUCGGGCGUUUUGUGCCUUGAUUCCCGAUGGAGAACGAACAUGAAUCUGCUUCAAGUUCAGCUCUUGCUUGGCGUUGGACCGUUGAAGCCCUUGCAAGUUUCAAGGAAGUGAAACACUCUCUAUUGCGUGAUGUAAUUGAUGAGGGUAAAGAAUUACCUGAGGUUACAAGAAAGAACGCUGGGGAAAUGAUUGCUUUGAGAUGCUUGGAGGGUUUGUUUGGCCCUUUAAAUUACAGUGGAGAAAAUGGCCCUCCUGCUGAACAAUCAAAAGUUAUGUUCGAUUCAUCUGAGUGCUGUGAAGAUGUUCUUAAACGCGUAUGUAAGGAGACUUCUAAAUCUGCCUUAAGAAUGGCUGAACCAGAUAUGUCAAAAUGGGAUGUUAGUCCCUUUAUUGCUCAAAAAAGAGCAUCCAUGCGGUGUACAUUGCUUCAGCUGCAAGAUUCAAUUCUUGAUGGUACACAUCCAUAUGCUGAUUUCUUAAUGCAGAAGAGUGGGUUGAUGCCCGUAAAAAUGCAGGAUAGGAUUUUUCUGAAUAAUGGCGAUCUUAACGAGCUCUGCAGGAGACUAGAUACUAGCUCUUCUGAUCCUCAAGCUCAAAAGGAAACAGGCAGAGGAAGCCCUGUACUGCUUGAGGAAGAAAGAAGAAGACUGUCUGUGGCAGACCCAUCUACUUCUAGUUUGUUACCAUCUAAAAGGAGUAUUGUUGAUUUAACAUCUGAAGAUGAGGCAAGACAGUUACUUGGUUGUAAUGAUGGUUACGUGAAUGCUAAGAGGCGUAAGGGGCUUGAUGCACAUACUUCGCAUUCAGGACAUGAAGUGGCUUCUUCACAUGGAGCUGAGGUGUUUGAAGCUUCACUUGAAAGAGUUGUGCCACAAGAGAGAGAUGAUAUUGAUCAUCAGAUGACUUCGGUGGAAGACAAAGUUGUCGAGGAGGAGCAUUUUGGGUCAAAGAAGUCAGGACAGUAUACUGCUACUGAUGAAUUGCAUCAGGUUGAAUCAAGUACUCCUUGUUAUACUACAUUGCGACCUUCACAAGAUGUUGAGAUGGAUGAAGUUAUUAGUUUGGAGAAAUCAAAAGAUGGAAAUGAACUGCCAGUUGAACAAAAAGCAUCUAAUAAUUCUCCUGUUGAAGGCAACCUGCAUGAUAUCAUCACCGGCGAUUCCAAGCAUGACUUCGGGGUUGAUAAUCAUGUAAAUGAAAUGAACACUCUGUCCCAUUGUGGAUUUCUGCCGAAGACCGUUGCUACCGAUAUUGAUGUUGGCAUGAAUCCCGAUGAGAAAGAGAAAGAUAUGUUAAGUGAUAGUGAUGGAUACCAUAUUCAAACGAUUGCAGCGAAAAAGAAAGAAUUUAUUAGUUCUCAAUGUAUGGCGGAUCGUGAUUCUUUUCUAUUAGCUGAGGGGAGCGUUUGUGUGAAAUGCAAUGAAGGUGGUCAGUUAUUGUCCUGUAAUGUUAGUGAUUGUCCUUUGGUGGUUCAUGAUAAGUGCUUGGAUUCCUCAGCUAGGAUGCAUGGUGAAGGCGGUUUUAGUUGUCCAUUCUGCUUAUGCUCACUUGCUAUAUCAGAAUACCUUGAAGCUAAGAAGAAUGCUGCAUUGGCAAAGAAAAAUAUUGCUACCUUUUUUCGUACUUGUUUGGGACAAUACUCAAUAGUUAUUCAAGAGGCAUUGCAACAAAAAGAUCUUGAUCCUUCACGAAAUGCUAGAGUUGAGGAUGCUGCUAAAAUUAGUGAACAACACUUGGAAAAUCAAGACAAUCAAGUAACUCUAGAUGGAGAACAUGUAAAAGAAGCUGUUAACCAUCAAUCCCCGACAGUUACAGAUAUUGAGCGAAGAAUAGAGCUGUCAAAGUCAUUGCAAAUUCCUAAUUCCAAUCGCCGAGAAAACGAGGCAAGUUCUUCGAGAGUUGCGCCCGAUGUUUUAUCUGGAGAGAAAGACGGCGAUGAAUUGGUGAACCAAGAGUGUCAAGGAAAUGUUGCAGAACUGAAAGAUGGUCUAGAAGCCACAGAGCAACAUGACAUUUAUGAUACUCUCCACGAAGAUCAAGGGCCAGUUGAAGCAGCGGGUAUGCAAGAAGGUUUACAGUACCAAACUGAUGACAAGGAAGAGGAACCUUCUUAUGCUAUAAAUAUAGGAGGAGAAAAAUAUUCUGAUGAUGAUGACAAUGAUCAGUCUAUCAUUUCUAGAUAUUCCAUAAGAUUUCGACGGAAAUAUCAUCAGUUGGGAUGAGAAGAAGAUGACUACUGCAUCAACAAUUCAAGCUCCUUAGGAAGCACGAACAUGGGAUAAAGAUGAAGAGCAGAGACUCGAGAAUCAUGGCUCAAAAACAUGUGAAAAAGAAGAGCCCGUGAACUGCAAAAAUGAACUGAGGUGACUUUCUCUCUUCACUCUUCACUUGUCACUCUUCUUCAACUCACUUAGAUCUCUCCAAUAUAGAAUCCUAUGAACAACACUACUCUCACACUUCAUUUAAUUUCCUUUUACCUCCUCAUUCUACCGUUCCUCUCUCUUUUUGUUUGUUUCUGUAAUCAAUUUCACUUCUCUUGUCAUC